UCAGGGCAGGAAGAUCCCAACAGUUUGCGCCAUAAAUAUAACUUUAUUGCUGACGUGGUGGAGAAGAUUGCUCCUGCGGUGGUCCAUAUUGAAUUGUUUCGCAAGCUUCCUUUUUCUAAACGAGAAGUGCCAGUGGCUAGCGGCUCUGGGUUUAUUGUGUCAGAAGAUGGACUGAUUGUGACAAAUGCCCAUGUGGUAACCAACAAGCAUCGGGUCAAAGUCGAGCUGAAGAAUGGUGCCACUUACGAAGCUAAAAUCAAGGAUGUGGAUGAGAAAGCAGACAUUGCACUAAUCAAAAUUGACCACCAGGGUAAGCUGCCCGUUCUGUUGCUUGGCCGCUCCUCAGAGCUACGGCCGGGAGAGUUUGUGGUCGCCAUCGGAAGCCCGUUUUCCCUUCAAAACACGGUCACCACUGGGAUCGUCAGCACCACACAGCGAGGUGGCAAAGAACUCGGGCUUCGGAACUCGGACAUGGACUACAUUCAGACAGAUGCCAUCAUCAAUUAUGGAAACUCGGGAGGCCCAUUGGUAAACCUGGACGGUGAAGUGAUUGGAAUUAACACUCUCAAAGUGACAGCUGGAAUCUCCUUUGCAAUCCCAUCUGAUAAGAUUAAAAAGUUCCUCACGGAAUCCCAUGACCGACAGGCCAAAGGAAAAGCCAUCACCAAGAAGAAAUAUAUUGGUAUCAGAAUGAUGUCGCUUACAUCCAGCAAAGCCAAAGAGCUGAAGGAUCGGCACCAAGAUUUCCCAGAUGUGCUCUCAGGAGCAUAUAUCAUUGAAGUAAUUCCUGAUACUCCAGCAGAAGCUGGUGGUCUCAAGGAAAAUGAUGUCAUAAUCAGCAUCAAUGGACAGUCAGUGGUCUCUGCCAAUGAUGUCAGUGACGUCAUUAAAAAAGAAAACACCCUGAACAUGGUGGUCCGUAGGGGCAAUGAAGAUAUUAUGCUUACAGUGAUUCCUGAAGAAAUUGACCCAUAGGCAGAGGCAUGAGCUGGACUUCAUGUUUUCCUCAAAGACUCUCCAGUGGACGACGCAUGAGGACUCUGGACUUGUGGCACAGGACAUCCAAGACUCUUGACCACCAUUUUGCUUGUUUGGUGGAAACUCCCUGGCCAACAGAAUCCUUCUUGAUAGUUUGCAGGUGAAACAAAUGUAAAGUUGCAGAUCCGCAGGCAGAAGCUCUGCCCUUCCGUAUCCUAUGUAUGCAGUGUGCUUUUUCUUGCCCACUUGGGCUGUACCUGCUUAGACAGUCAACAUUUGUCUCCUCCUUUAACUGAGUCAUCAUCUUAGUCCAACUAAUGCAGCUGAUGCAAUGCAUAGCUAAGAAGAAGGCCCCCUGGGAGCCAGAAUGGGACUGGGCAUGUUUGUGCUUUCCUCUGAGUCAGCGCCCAGAGGUUGAUGCACGGAGACCCUGGGUGGGUGAACGCUGGCUUCCGGAAUGGCCAAAGUUGCCUCUUUUAGGAAUCUCUUCAGAAUUGGGAGCACGAUGACUUUGAGUUUGAGCUAUUAAAAUACUUCUUCAUACGUUG